UUCAUACCAACCACAUCAGUUUUAUUAUGCUCGGGUACGAUAUUUGGUUCUUCCGUCUCUCUUCCGGCGGUAAACCGGUUUAAUUGACUGAAAUUCCGGAAUAACCAUGGGAAACAAGGAAUCGGUUUUCACGCAAGAACAGCUGGACAUUUAUCAGGACUGUACAUAUUUUACCCGAAAAGAAAUUCUGAGGUUGUUCAAGCGUUUCCAUUGCUUGAAUCCUGAAGUGGUGCCUAAAGAUAUGAAAAAUGAAGAAGAUUCUUUCAAGGUUCCAUACGAGGACAUUGUCAGGAUGCCUGAACUACAGGAAAAUCCAUUCAAGAGGAGAAUUUGUGAAGUAUUCUCUGAGUGUGGAGAUGGGAGUCUAUCAUUUGAUGAUUUUCUAGAUAUGAUGUCAAUGUUUAGUGAAUCAGCACCCAGUGAUCUCAAGGCUUAUUAUGCAUUUCUUAUUUAUGAUUUUGACAAUGACAAAUAUCUUGGACCAUACGACUUGGAGCAGACAUUAAAAUGCAUUUGUAGGGAUGAAUUGAAACAAGAAGAGAUAAAUGUCAUAGUCAAACAGGUUUUAAUAGAAGCGGAUGUAGAUCAGGAUGGUAAAUUAUCGUAUAUUGAGUUUGAACACGUCAUAUCACGGGCACCUGAUUUCCUCAGUAUGUUCCAUAUAAGGCUGUGAUGAUAUGGCUGCAACCAAUUCCUACUGGAGAGUAGAAACAUCGAACAGAUAAUCAGCACACAUACUGGUACAACGUGAUAUUAACCUGGUGGAAAUUGACUUGAAUGAUAGUCACACCAUGGAAAUAUAUACAGUAUGUGUGCAUGUGAAAUGGUGACUGUAACCAGAAGAUUUGGUAACACCAUGUCAAAAAGAAGCAAUAAGCUGGCUGUACCAAUUAAAUUCGCAACAGUCUUUAAUAUUAACGAGAUAUGCAUUCUCAGCCACAUGUUCAGUGCCUUUAAUCGAAGUUGACUGGAUCAGAAUAAUUCAACUGUGAUUGUGAUGUUUUUCUGACACAUAUGCUGUUACUUAUACUUACAUGAAGAAUAUAAUUUGAUGCAAUAAUAUUGAUAAAAUGACUAUGCUUGGUGCAUAAAAGAAAAACAAUAUAUUCUCAAAA